AUGAAAACUUCAACAAUUAGUUUGUUAAUGGCCUUGGCCAUGGCCGCCAACGGUGCAGUUGUUGCCGAAAAAGCUAACUACGGUAACAACGUAGAUCAUGCUAAAGGUAAUGUCGCAGCUCGUGAGCACGCUAACGUUCAGAAGAGAAAUGCUGCAAUUUUCCCAAAAAAAUUCAAAAAAGGUAAGGGAAAGCAAAAACCAUCAACGACUGAGGAAACUUACCCAGAAACUACUGAAGCUCCAGCUCCUCCACCUGAAGCCACUGAAGAAGUCACAACUAGUUUGAUUACUUUUUGGAGUACUGUCACCCACCCUACCCCAGAAGAGACUACUGUUGAGGUACCAGCUACCUCUAUAGCAGCUCCUCCAACUCCAGAAGUACCAGAAGUUCCUCAAGUACCUGAGGUACCAGAAGUGCCUCCAACCCCAGAAGUACCAGAAGUACCAGUGCCAGAAGUACCAGUGCCAGAAGUGCCAGAAGUGCCAGAAGUGCCAGAAGUACCAGUACCAGAAGUGCCAGAAGUACCAGAGGUUCCAGAUGUUCCUGAAGUUCCUGAAAUUGUACCAGCUACUUCAAUUUCUCCAGAGUUCAGUACUGAAGAGGCCCCAGCUCCUCCUGCAGAGACAGUUGUUCAGUCCUUCACCACAUACUGCCCUGAGCCAACCACUUUGGUAACUAACGGCCAAACCUACACUGCUACUGAACCAGGUGUUAUAACUAUCACUGACUGUCCAUGUACUAUUCCAGCUCCACCAGCUCCAGAGGUUCCAGCUCCAGCUCCAGAGGUUCCAGCUCCACCAGCCCCAGUCAAUGAAACUAUACCAGCUCCAGCUCCAGCUCCACCAGCUCCUAAACCACCAGCUCCUAAACCACCAGCUCCUAAACCACCAGCUCCAGCUCCACCAGCUCCAGUGAAUGAAACUAUCCCAGCUCCUCCAGUUCCUCCAGCUCCAGCUCCUCCAGCUCCUCCAGCUCCUCCAAUUAUCCCUCAAAUUGAAAACGGUGCAUCCAAAUUGUCUGCUUUAAGUUUGAUUGGUGUUACUUGGUUAGUCGCCUCAUCUCUCUUGUAA